AUGGAUGUGGACGACAAUGAUGGUGGCAGUUAUCAUAGCGACAGCACGGCGACCGACCCAGCCGAUUACAACAAACAAGGCAAGAAUAACACUCAUGAUCUGGCUGGUCUGCUGGCUGACAAUGAGCACCCUCCAGAGUAUUAUAUGAAGAUGCUGAACAGUGGCAACAAAUCCCUACUUCAGUACAAUGAAUACACAGAUAACUCUCCGAAGCUGCUCAGUCACAUUGAGCAGGAAUGA